AUGGGGGAUAUCUAUAUUGUUGAAAAAUUGUUAAAUUCUAGAAUAAGAAAGAAUAAAAAAGAAUAUCUUGUUAAAUGGAAAGAAUGGGGAUCUAAACAUAAUACAUGGGAACCCGAAGAUAAUAUUUUAGAUGAAAGGUUAAUACAAGAAUAUGAAGAUAGUAAAAGAAAUAAAAAAAAACAUAAAGAAAAUACUAGUACAGUUAAAAGGCACUCUUCUGGUGUACCUGCAUGUACACCAAUUCCACCAAGAAAAAUUACACGUCGUAGUUGUAUUAACAUUAAAGAUGAUGGAAAUGAAGAGAUAAUAGGUAAUCGUAAAAGUAGUCGAAAAAGUGCUGUUGAAGCAAGUGCAAAAAUAACUAAUGUUGUAAAAGAAGAAAAAAAGAAAAUUAAAGAAAUUGAAAGUAGUGAUAAUGAAAGUGAUUUUACUGAUAAAUCAGAAUCUACAACAACAUGUACUAGUAAUACAACUGAUGAAGCAAGUAUUGAUGAUGAUAAUAAUGAAAGUAGUGUUUCAUGUGCUGAUGAUGAAGAUACAAUGGAUGAAACAUUAAUUGAAGAAACAUGUAAUAAAAGUAUACAAAGUGAAUUAGAGGAUAUGCCUAUAUUACAAAAAGAAACAUCAAUAGUUAAUGAAACAAUGGAUACAAGAGAUGAUGAAGAAACAUCAGAAUCAAAAAAAGAAUCAAGUUUUGGAAGUAAUGAAUUAACAAUUGAUGAAGAUAGUAGUAGUAGUAAUGAACCAAUUAUUAUACCACCUAUAUGUACUAAUCGUCAUAGUAAGGUAAUAAGAUCCCGUAAUUUAUCACAUUCUUCAUCCGGUACCAAUAAUGAUAUAGUUAAAAAAAUAGUCAAAGAAACAAAUAAAAGAAAUGGUAAUGAAUAUGAGUAUGAAAUUAAACAUGAUAAGGAAAAAAAAGCAAAUAAAAAUAUAACAACAUAUGAUGAUAGUUCGUCAUCCCCAACAACAUCAGAAAGUAACAUUGAUGAUGGAUCCACAACAUCAAUCAUAACACAAAAAUUUUCAAAAGAUGAAGAACCUCAUAUAUUUAGAUAUAAUCCUGGUGAAAUAACACAAUUUAGAAAUGAGGAUGGUGAAUUGACAGAAGCUAUUGUUCUGAAUCCCUGA